CAAGCCGCGCUUCCUUGGCGGUCAUACGACGAAGAGCUCUGAUCGUAAUCGCUUAAGCUACUAAAAGGAGUGUACUGUUGCAUAGCCGCCGCGCAAGGCGCAUUUUAGUGCGAAUGUUCGCCUAAAGUUUGUUUGUAGAUAAGACAUUAUGGCACCAAAGGAACAGAAGAAGCGGCGGCAGCCCCAAAGUGCACAAGCUGGCGAGCAGAAAGCCGACAAGCCGAAAAAUGAUGAGCAGAAGCCGGCCAGCGCUCCUGCUGCUGUCGGAGAGGAGGACUUUCCUCGCGGGGGCGCGGAUGGCCUAACUGCUUUGGAGCGCCGUGAGCUUACAGAGGCGGCCCGUCUGGAGGUUGAACAGGAGCUUGCAGAGGGGAAACAGCCCAAAGCAAAGAAGGCCCGCGUUUCCAAACAGGCCGACGACGAUGAUACGGGUCUGGGCAAGUCGCUGGAGGGCAAGCUGGCGAAGCAUGUCGAGCUGCUGCGAGCCAAGAACCUGCAGCCGGGCACCAAGGUGUGGGGCAUGGUGCUGGAGGUGACGCCGCGGGGCCUGGUGGUCAGUCUGCCCAACGGACUGCGCGGCUUCGUGGCGCCGAACAAGGCCUCCGACGUGCUGGCGCUCAUGCUCAAGGCCCAGGCGGGCACCGCCAGCAACAAGACGGCCGCCUCCAUGCUGGAGGCGGCGGGCGGUGCGGUGCCGCCUCUCACCGACCUUUUUGUGGUGGGCCAGUUUGUGCGCUGCGUCGUGGUGGAGGGGAGCGGCGGCCAGCAGGAGCAGCAGCCGGCUAAGACGGGUGCGGAGGGCGGCAGCGGUGGUGGCCGCAGCAGCAAGCAUGUGGCGCUGAGUCUGUUGCUGCGGGAGGUGCAGGGCGGGCUGGGCAGCGGCGCGCUGGCGGAGGGACAGGCGCUGGGCGCGUGUGUGCGAAGUGUGGAGGACCACGGAUACACGCUGAGCUUCGGGAUCAAGGGCACCAGCGGCUUCCUGCGCAAGAAGGACCACGAGGCGCAGUUCGGGGAAGGCGUGGCGCUGCAGGUCGGCGGCCUGCUAGACGUGGUGGUCCGCACCGCCUCCGACCCUCGCAACGUGCUGGUGAGCUGCGCGCCAGGUGACGUGGCAGCAGCCCUCACACGCGACUCCGAGUCCACCACCGGCCUAGACAGCCUGCUGCCCGGCGCGCUGCUGAACGUGAAGGUCCGGAAGGUCCUGUCCAACGGCCUCCUCGUCUCCUUCUUCACCUUCUUCCACGGCACGAUCGACUCCUACCACCUGCCGCCCGCCGCGGGGGGCGCUGUGACCGGUCCGGCGUCGGCAGAGGCGCUGAAGAAGAGCUACGUGGAGGGCGCAAAGCUGCGUGCCCGGAUCCUGUACGUGGAUCCCGCCAGCAAGCGGGUGGGCCUUACGUUGCUGCCCCACCUAAUGGCUCUGUCGCUGCCGAGCCCGGUUCCCAUGCUGGGGUCGGUGUUCCCAGAGGCGGAGGUGCUGCGGUUGGAUGCGGCUAACGGCCCCGGGUUGUUGUUGCAACUGCCGGGGCUGCCCGAGGGCCCGCUGGCGGCCUACUGCCACGUCAGCAACGCACUGGAUGAGAAGGUGGCUCGCGCAGAUGCGUCGGCGGAGAUGGGGAAGAAGUUCAAGCCGGGGACGAAGCUGCCCGCGCGCGUGAUUGGGUACCGGCUCAUGGACGGCAUGGCGGCGGUGACUGUACGGAAGACCCAAGUGGAGGCUGCCGUACUGUCGUACGCGGAUCUCGCACCUGGCAUGAUCAUCCCUGCCACCGUGGCUGCCGUACCGGAUCGAGAUGGCGACGGGCCGCUGCUGCUGACCGUCGCUGAGGGUGUGCGUGGGCUGGUGCCGCCGCUGCAUGCGGCCGAGCUCUCGGGCGCCGUGACGGCAAAGAAGGGAGCCGCGAACCGACCCGUGGGUCGCGUCAAGGUGAAGGUGGGUGAGCGUGUGGAGGCUCGCGUGCUGGAGGUGGACCCGGCGGGUCGGCGGCUGACGCUGACGCUGCGCAAGGGGCUGCUGGCGGGCAAGGCGGCGCCGCUGGUGUCGCAGGCGCAAGCGGUGCCGGGAGCGCGGUUCCACGGAGUGGUGACUGGUUUCCACGACCGCCUGGGUGUGUUCGUGAGCUUCUUCGGCGGCCUGUCCGGCGCCGCGGCGCACAGCGACCUGGGCCUGGAGGCGGGGCAGACCGCUCAGGAGGUCUUCUCGGUGGGCCAGGUGGUGAAGGCUACCAUCCUCUCCGCCAAGGCGAACCGCAUCAAGCUCUCCCUCGCACCCAAGUCGGCCGCGGCAGCGGCCGCAGAGGCUGCCGCCGCGGCAGCGGCGGCUGCCCCCGGCACACCCGUCGCUCCCGCCGCCGCUGCUGGUAACGGCGCCGGUGAUGCGUUGGGCGGCUUGCAGCCUGGGGAGCUGGCGGAGGCGGUGGUGCUGGAGGUGCAUGCGGGUGACGGCACAGGCGGCGGCCACUACGUGUGUCGGCUGGAGGUGCCGGGCGGCCCCGCGGGCGGUGUGCGCGGGCGGCUGGAGGCGGUGCACCUGUCGGACCACCCGGCGGCGGUGGAGGCGUUCCGGGAGGCUCUAAAGCCGGGAAGCAGGCUGGGUCGUGUGCUGGUGCUAGACCGCCUGGAGGCGCAGCGCUGCGUGCGCGUCAGCCGCAAGCCCUCCCUGCUCGCAGCCGCCGCCUCGGGUGCCCUCCCGCGCGCCUUCUCCGACGUUCGCGAGGGGACGCUGCUGCCCGGCUACGUCGCCUCGGUCACCCCGGAUGCGGUCUACGUGCGCUUCCUGGCGGGUCUCACGGGCCGUGCGGGGCUGCCGCAGCUGUCUGACGUGUUCGUGUCGGAUCCGCGUCAGCUGUUUUCCGAGGGUCAGUCGGUGCGCUGCCAGGUGGCCACGGUGGACGCGGCACGGCAGCGGUUCACGUUGCUGCUGCGGCCCUCCGCGACCGCCUCCUCGGAUGGAGCCUACCUGCUAGGGUACCUUAAGGAGAUGCGCGCGCUGCAGGGGUUGAAGGCGGAGGCGGAGGGAGGGGCGGCGGCAGCGGCCGGGAAGAAGGGGAAAGGGGAGGAGGAAGAGGAGCAGGAGGGUGAGGACGAGUCCGACCCGUCACGGCUGUUCCCCAUUGGCAGCCUGGCGGCGGCGCGGGUGCACGAAGUGCGGGAGUACGGCAUCGUGGUGGACAUGGAUGGACAUCCGGACGUGGUGGGUCUGGUUCCCUCCUCGCACGUGGGCCCCGGCGGCUCCUCCCCCGCGGUGGGCAGCCGGGUGAACGGCUGCGUGCUGGACUGCGUGGGGCACCAGGGGCUGGUGGAGGUCAGCCUGGAGCCGCGGCUGGUGGGGGCGGCGCAGGACGACAAGGCGGCGGCGCAGGCCAGGAAGAAACUCAAGGCCGGUACCUCCGUUGAGGCGGUGGUGGAGGGCAUCCGGCCCGGCGAGUACCUCAUCCUCUCGCUGCCGGAGCACGCCUCCCUCAUCGCCUUCGCCGCAGCCACCGACUACAACACCCCGCGGCCCGAGCUGGUCCCGCGCUCCUUCACGGUGGGUCAGCGCAUCACAGCCACCGUCGCUGUGCUGCCGCCGGACGCCCCCGCGGGCCGCAUCCUCUGCCACGUGCCCCUCACUCGCACCGGGGAGACCGCUGACAAGACCAAGCCCAAGGGCAGUGCUGGCAGCGGCGGUGCUAACAAGGGCAAGGGCGGGGAUGGCCCCAAGGUGGACCUGACCCAUGGGUCAGUGGUGCAGGCGGUGGUGACGGGGAUUCAACCGCACCAGCUGGACGUGUCCAUUGGCGGCGGCAAGGCGACGGGCAGGAUCCACGUGACGGAGGUGGUGGAUGUGGACACCAAGGCGCUGCUGGCUGCGGCCUCCGCGGGAGCUGUUGCGGUGGAUAAGGCAGCCGCGGCGGCGCCGGCGGCGAAGAAGGCGCGCAAGGGCGACAAGGACGCGGCUGCGGCGGACGCUGCUGCGGCGGCUGUGUUGCCGACCGGAAGUCCGCUGGAUGGUUUCCGGUUGCAGCAGGUGGUGGAGGCGGUGGUGCUGGGGCGGCUGCAGGGGGCGGAGGGGCACCGGAGGGGCGCGCUGGACUUGUCGCUGCGGCCCAGCAGGCUGGCGGUGGCGCGCAAGAGCGAGCCCCAGGUGCCCCCUGUCACCCUGGGCGACCUGGUUCCAGGCCAGCAGCUGCUCUGCUUCGUCCUGGAGGUCGCCGCGGACUCCCUCUGGCUGGGCGCCGGACCCGCGGUCCGCGGCCGCUGCGCCGCGCUGGACGCCUCCUCCGACCCCGCCGUGCUCUCCGACCUCUCCCGCGCCUUCCAGCCCGGCACACCCGUGCUCGCGCGCGUGCUUGCGGUCAACGCCAAGACGCACAAGCUGGACCUGUCGUUGAUCGAUCCCAGCUGCGGAAAGACCCAUGGGUCAGUCAGCUCGUCCGCGCCUGCCGAGGGCGCCCUGGUGAUGGGUCGGAUUACG